CCAGUGCUCCCCUGAUAACUGUAUCCCUCCUUCACUCGUCUGCAAUGGCAUGAAGGAUUGCGACAAUGGCAAAGAUGAAAAGGGUUGCUGUGAUGGGCACGAAUGUGGUGAUGGCAAGUGUAUCCUAGAAUCACUGACAUGUGAUAAGAGGAUGGAUUGUCAGGAUGGGAGUGACGAGUCAGCAGCGACCUGCGGGCCCCCACCCUGUCCCAACCAUACCUUCCAGUGCGGAGACAGGACCUGUAUAGAAGUAGAAAGGGUAUGUGAUGGGGUCCUGGACUGUAGGGAUCAGUCUGAUGAGAAGCAGCCGUCUUGUUAUCAGAUACUAAUAAUAAGGAAGAGAAUGAGAGGUCUAUACAACGGGUUCGACAGCUAUGUUAGCAAGGUCUCCACAAUCCUCAGCUAUAUCCCUGCAAUGCAAACUCAGAUUGAAUCUCUUGAGGGUCAGUUGAGAGGAUUAGUGGGAGAGUUGGAGACAGUGAGACAACAGGCAGCUUCAGCCGGAGGGCAAACUGUGGUGUAUCGUGAUGGUGGUGGCGACAGUGGCGCUGUUUCCGCUUACAUUGAGAACCGGAUCGUUCAGCUGGAAUCAGGGCUAAGCAACGUCAAAUCUGAACUAGAGUUUGUUCGGGCUGAAUUUAGAGCUGAGAAGAAUGCCAGAAUGUCUGACAGUAACACGUUAGAAGAAGUGGCUACCACUGUCUAUUUGCAGAAAACUGAUGUCUCCAAGCUAGGAAGGGAGAUUCAGACUGUGAUCUCGGAUAUAACAAGCCAGAAAUACGAGUUGGAGACCCUGAGCAGCUCGUUCGCUUCCUACAAGCAGAGCAACUACGGGCUAGCUGAUAAGAUCAACGCUAACUCUGUCUCACUGGAGACACUUUCUCAGAAACUCUACUACCAGGACUCAGCCUUGCAGUCAGUCAAACAGCAGCUUGUAUACAGAUCAUCCAAAAAGAAGAGAUCAGCUUUUAACGAGACUCAGCCAGCUUUUAACGAGACUGUCACAGAAAAUGUUGAUGUCAACUGAGUUG